CCCUUGCGGAGCUCCCGGUGGGCCGGGCGGGGAGAUGCAGCAGUGAGCAUUCAAUGGGUGAGGGAGGAUAUUUGCACCCUGUCGAGUCAGCUACUUGGGCAGCUGGGAAAGGGACGGCCAGCAACUCGGACCGAAGCACAGAAACAACCGGAGCGGGACACUAUAACUCCGACAAAAUCUCAAAAUGCGCCGAAUAACGGGGAAAGGAGGAGGGGACAGUUUAAUUGAGAUGAGCCCGACUGAAUCUCUCAGCGAUGAUGGGAAUGGCUAUCACCAACAUGCCUCGUCCAGCACAGGAUCCCUCCAGGAGGGGCAGCCAGAGAUUGGAAAACAGAAGCUCAGCAAAGACUCUGUGUUCUUCCGAGAUGGGAUGAGGAGAAUAGAUUUCGUCCUAUCAUACGUUGACGAUAAAGACUGUGAAAAAAAACAGGAGAGAAGGAGAAUUUACGAAGCCAACCUCAGAGAAGCCGGCCUGGAGUUGGAAACAGAAGAUAAGUCGGAGUCUGAGGAUGGUAAGACGUACUUUGUGAAGAUCCACGCACCGUGGGAGGUGCUGGCCACCUAUGCAGAUGUGCUGAAGAUCAAGGUUCCAUUCAAACUUAGCGACAUGCCGGACGAUCGGGAGAUGCCCAUGAACUGGCUCUCCACUCCUUUCCGACUGCCCAAGAACAUCAUGAAUCCCGAGCCAGACUAUUUCACCACUCCUUUUAGCAAGAGCAAGUCUGACCUCUUCCAUAUCAAGAACAAAGACACGUUCUUCCCUCCCUCCACUCGCAACAGGAUAGUCUACUAUAUCCUGUCCCGCUGUUUGUAUGUCAAUGAACAAUGUGGAGACAAAAAGGGAAUCAAGCGGUUGUUGAACAACGGUUCCUACACUUCUGCCUUCCCUCUUCAUGAUUCCAGAUACUGGAUAAAAUCCAAAGAUGUCAACUGUGAAAGUGAAAGAUAUGACCUCUACAAAUACUGGGCCAGAUUCUUCUGCUUUUUCAAGGAGCAACCCAUUAACCGCGUCAGAAAUUAUUAUGGCGAGAAGAUUGGCAUUUAUUUCGCUUGGCUUGGUUUCUACACUGAGAUGCUGCUGUUUGCUGCAGUCGUUGGAACAAUUUGUUUCACUUACGGGUUCCUCACCUACGGUGACAACGAGUGGAGUAAAGAAAUCUGCAGUGAUGAAAUUGGAGGGAAAAUUGUCAUGUGUCCCCUUUGUGACAAGAAGUGUAGUUACUGGAAACUCAACACGACAUGCAACUCCUCGUGGCAAUCACACCUGUUUGACAAUGUGGCGACUGUGUUUUUUGCCAUUUUCAUGGGAAUUUGGGUGACACUGUUCCUGGAGUUCUGGAAAAGGCGCCAGGCCCGUCUGGAGUAUGAGUGGGAUCUGGUGGACUUUGAGGAGGAGCAGCAGCAGCUGCAGCUCCGGCCAGAAUAUGAAGCCAGAUGUACAAAGACCAAGGAGAACCCCAUCACUAAGGAAAUGGAGCCUUACUUACCCAUAACAAGCAAGUGUGCACGCUCAUGUCUGUCUGGAGCUACCGUCCUGUUGUGGAUCUCAUUGAUCAUUGCCUGCAUCAUUGGGGUCAUAGCGUACCGCCUGGCGGUGUACGCGGCCUUCGCUAGCAUCAUGAAGGACAGCCCCGCCAAUCACCUGGAGGUGGUCGGCCCCUACAUCACGCCCCAGCUGGCCACCUCCGUCACAGCCUCUUGCAUCAACUUUGUCAUCAUCAUGAUCCUCAAUCUCAUGUAUGAGAAAGUGGCUGUUUGGAUUACUGACAUGGAAAUCCCAAAGACCCACCUGGAGUAUGAGAACAAGUUGACGGUGAAGAUGUUCCUCUUCCAGUUUGUCAACUACUACUCCUCAUGUUUCUAUGUGGCGUUUUUUAAGGGGAAGUUUGUGGGCUACCCUGGAAAAUACGCUUACAUGUUUGGGAGCCAGCUGAGAAACGAAGAGUGCGACCCUGGCGGCUGUCUGAUUGAGUUAACGACACAGCUGGUAAUAGUGAUGACUGGGAAACAGGUGUGGGGCAACAUUCAGGAAGCUCUGCUGCCCUGGGUGAUGAACUGGUGGGGCAGCAGGAAGGCGCGGAGCCAUCCAGAGAGCCUGUACAGUCGCUGGGAGCAGGAUCAUGACCUGCAGAGCUUUGGUCAGCUGGGGCUCUUCUAUGAGUACCUGGAAAUGGUGAUCCAGUUCGGUUUCAUCACACUCUUCGUGGCUUCCUUCCCCUUGGCGCCGCUCUUGGCUCUUUUCAACAACAUAAUUGAAAUCCGAGUGGACGCCUGGAAGCUCACCACUCAGUUCAGACGUCCUGUGGCAGCCAAAGCCCACAGCAUCGGAGCCUGGGAGGAAAUUCUCAACGGGAUGGCCGUACUGUCUGUCGUUACAAAUGCAUUCAUCGUGGCCUUCACCUCUGACAUGAUGCCUCGGCUGGUGUACAUGUACGCCUACCAGCCACAGGGACAGAUGAAUAUGAAAGGUUACAUAAACAACAGCCUGUCCGUGUUUAACGUUUCUGAGUUUGAAGGCUCCAGCAGGCCUGAAGAGGCUGAGAACCCGAUGUGGCUCAACAUCACAACCUGCAGGUAUCGUGAUUAUCGCUACCCCCCCGGGCACGAGAAGCAGUACUUCCACACGAUGCAGUUUUGGCAUAUUUUAGCUGCCAAACUAGCUUUCAUCAUUAUUAUGGAGCAUGUUGUUUUCAUGGUUAAAUAUUUUGUGGCCUGGCUGAUUCCGGACGUUCCCUCUGACGUGAAGGCUCGGGUAAAGAGGGAGCGCUUCCUUGUCCAGGAGUAUCUUCACAAAUAUGAAGUUGAUAAGCUGAUACAGCAACGCCAACAAGGCGACAAGGAGUGCACCUGUACGCCGAUGAUCUACCCGACUUUACCCAAACACGAGGUGUUGUCAGAGGUCCUCUAGCGCAGGCAGCGACUGGUCAGUCUGUACUCACCUGCUGACUGUGGAUUCACCGGCUUUAAAGACCAAAACUCUGUGCAUGCUGGCGAUUUGACACGCUUGAAUUUAGACAUCGCUCUCGUUUAUGUCUUCUUGUGAAGUUAAGAUAUCCAAACUUUACUGUAUUCAAACAAUAAGCCGCACUGUGUCUUUAAGAGACAGCUCACUGUUGUUUUAAUGUAAGGCUAUUUAAAGUGCCACCAAAGAAUUGCCUUAAUAUGUUUUUUGUUUUUUUUCGCUGAGGAUUUCUGCGGUUCUUUGAUCAGUUCAUCAUUGUUAAGGUCACUGCGCUGAUAAUUUUAGCAAAUUAUGUAAAAUUCAUCAGGCUAAUAUCGAUUGUUACUCUUAAUUUCACCUCAUUAUUUUCCCCAGGCCAAAACCUGAGAUGUGAAGCAGCUUUUUGUCCUGAAGGGAAAUCAGUGCUGCUGUUUUGACUGUGACUAAGGACAGAUUUGAUCCUGUAGAGGCCAGUUUUUGAGCUGUGAUAGCAACAGCUGUUUAGCGCUGAAUGUGUACACAGCGAUGAAAGAAUAAGAGCGCUCUCUUUUUAAAUUUAAAAAAAUGUUUUUUUGUGUGUGUGUUUACCACACACCACUGAAUUGAAGCCUGUGUUUGCUUCGUUACACAAAGCCCGUCAGCCAGCGCCUGCGUCCAUCCCUGGGUUUCAGCUUUUCUCUGAAUAAAAGACACAUUUUCCUUUUAUUUUGCACAAAGCACUUGAAGUAAUGCAACUACCAAUACAUAAACAUGUAUAACCUAUCAUUAUCACAACACUAAGACUUUGUGAUCAGUGUUUCAAGAAGCAGUAAUCUACCUUUCAGAACUUUGAUAUUUAUAUAUAUGUUUUUUUUUUUUAUUUAAGGAUGCAGAUUUUGUUUAGAACCUAUAUGAAGGACAUUUCACAUCAUUUGUUGUUGCCUGAAUAAAAUCCUGCAGAACAUUUUUGUUUAUUGAAGUACUUAAAUCAGUUGUAAAGUUAUUGAAUCUGUAGGUCUGUCUGAGAUGUAAUCGUGUGUAAGUCCGCCUCGCUCUUCCAGUUUGCCUUAUCUACGCCAUGGGCUCUGUUGACCACUAUGCCUUAAAACAUCUCAUCCAUUUUUUUUUUUCUAUGGUUUUACUUUUCUACCUAAUUUUUUUUCCAAGUUUUCUGUCAUUGUAUUUGAGUCAGGAUAUGUUUCUGAUCAUUCUUCAGGCAAAAAUAAACUUGUUUACUGUAUUUUUUAUGAGUGUCCUGUAUCCAAUUAUAUGAGACAACAAAAAUAAAUCUCUGAGCUCAGA